UUCUACUUUAGCUUGAAAAUGGAUCAAUUUAUUAAUACUCCAGGGCCCUCCGGUACCUCUCAGGCUCUCGAUCUCACCGAAUCACAGCCCCUUGAUCUUACCUCUGGUUCUCUAGCCCCUGAACAGCCUAAAAAAAGACGAAGAGGCAUGACAGAAGCUGAUCGCCGAGCGCUACGGAGGCACAAGCAAUCCCAUCCUAAAGCUAUACACGCUAAUCUUAUCAAGUGGUUCCAGGACGAGUACUACCACAAAAUCAACCAGUCCACUGUUUCCCUUUGCCUUAGCACUCAAUUCGAUUACCUUAAUACCGAUAUACGAAAAGAUAUAAGCCUUACGGGUUAGCGUUCAAGCUAAUCUGAUUGGCCAGAUCUUGAAUCGGUACUCUUUAAAUAGCAGCAGAAGAUGCAAAGGCAGAAGGCAAUAAUUACGGGCGAUAUUCUGAAGCAGAAGGCACAUGAUAUCUGGUAUCUUCUUCCCCAAUAUUGCGAGUAGCCAGAGCCCAAAUGGUCUAAUAGAUGGUUGACCAAUUUUAAGAACCGCUUCCAUAUCAAGGAGUUCGUUUACCAUAGCAAAAGCGGUACGGCAGACAUUAAUAGUCCUGAGAAUAUCAAGCAAAUACAAGAGAAUCGAGAUCUGGUAGCCACAUACCCUCCUGAGAAUGUCUUAAAUAUGGAUAAAACUGGUUUAUACUGGAAAAUGUCACCAAAUCAUAUACUAGUAACUGAGGCUAGUAAUGGGGGCAAAAAAAGUAAAGAGCGAAUUACUCUUACUCUUACGGU